UUUUUAGUGCUGAAUUUCUAUUUUCUAGAUUUUAUUUUUGAACAGCUAGAUGAAAUGGUUUAAAAAAAAAAAAACAUGAAACUCAUAAUCAUUGCGUUUAUAAUUUGACCUGAUAGACUUGUAAACAAAUUAACUGGUGAUCAGUUUGAACACACUAAAAUCAAUGCCGUCAUAGAUAAAAGCUCAACAUUAUACAUGUAUCUUUAUCAGACAAUAGCAUUUGAAAUGAAUAAAAGAAAAGGCAUAGUGCAUUUUGUCCAUGUUUAUUUGUAUUUAUUAUAAGUUACGGUAAUGGCAAGAGCCCUGUGUUAUUCUGGUAUGACAAAAGCGUCAUCCAGUAGAUAAACUUUAACACAACCCGUGACAAACUGUCCUGAGGUUUAUUUCAAUGAUUGUAAAGUUUUCAUUACUCAGGGACAAUCACCAGAGAUGAUUUUUUUUUGGUAGUUUUUAAAAAGACCAGUGUUUCUUAACAUUAAUGAGUUGCUGCCAGACAAGUGGAUAUUCCAUACAGGAAUAAGUACCGAGGGGAAACACCCUUUGAGAUACUACCGCCGAGAGUUGCACACAACUUCUCCAUGUGGUUUCUCUCUACACUAGUUUGACUUAAAUGUCCAUGCAUAUGCAAACCUCAUGAUACAGAAGGAGAGUACCAAGACUGCCCCCAGAGGCACCUACUUAGAGAUGACAGCAACUAUGACAGAGUCACCUGUUUUCAUGGUGAGCAGUCAUAUUACGCAUGUCUGACAUACAGAGGGAAUCCAAAACGUCACAAACUCAAACCACAACUUCAGAAUCUUUCCAUCCGGGUGGCACUAUUAGCUCUGUGCAUGCAGUGCUUAAUAUACCGUGACUGAUUGUUUUGCUCAAAUCUUUGCAAAUAUAGAGUUCUUUUUAUAGGCUAAAUAAAUAAAGGAGCCAAACUACAUCUUAAGGGACUAAAGGUUGAAGUACCACACUCCUGCUAUGAAUACAAAUACAAAAUGACAUAGUUAAAUGUACAUGUCAUUUUUAAUGCUAUUUGUGAUAAUAAAAGUUAAUAUAAAUUACACAAGUGUGAACACACACAAACACACAAAAAUAAAUAGGCUACAUAAAAAGAGGGGGGGAAAUCACAUAUCACAAAGUAUGUCAUCAUAUCAAAAUUCCAUUCAAGCUGUGUCAGAAUUUUUCCUUGAGAGUAAAACAUGAUGAGCUCUACAAAAGUACCAGCCUAUUUCUUGGGAGGAGCAGCUCGCAUGUAAUGCCUGAUUUUGGAAAAAAAAAAUCCCCCGCAUGUAUGAAGCAUGUUUAACCAUUUCUCUUCCUGGCAGUCUCCUCCCUUACGAUUCUGUCUCAUAAAUAAGAGCACAAGAUGAACCCAAAAUGUGCGUUUUUCUCUUGUUUGCUCUUCAGCAAGAUCCGAACAAGAUUCCUCUUCUUAGAGGUCAGAGAGACUGAUUCUCCAUCCACUGAACCAGCAGCAUCUCCACCCCAGCAGACCUGCACUCUACUCUGAAGAUGACAGCAACUUUGACUCGUCGGCCUCUCCCCCUGUUCACUCUGGUCCUGUUAUCACUCUUCAGCAUCGCCACCUGCAGCCCCAUGUGCAUCGACCGUUGCUGUCGUUUCGUGGAGGGCUUUCAUGUCCGGCUAAAGCAGCUCAGACAAGACUACUCGCAGAUCAGAGACUUUUAUGUAAGUAGAAACACCACAUUUACCUCUGCAAGUGCAGCAGCAUUUGGGAGGACUUCCAAUACUUUUAGAUGAUUUUGCAUUGCGCCUCGGUCAGCCAGGUUGCGCAGCAUACUAAGCACAAGAUUUCUUUGUGAUUGCAGGAAGCAAACGAUGACUUGGAUACAGCGCUGCUCGACCAAAGCGUUGAAGACUCCUUCAAAGUAAGUCCAGAUAUAUAUCAGUAAAUCUAGCACGCCACAAAACACGAAACGACCUGAUUUGACCGGAUUGUUCUUCACCUCUUUAGAGCCAGUUUGCUUGUAACGCCAUGAACAACAUAUUGGACUUCUACCUCGGCACGGUGCUGCCCACUGCGCUGUCCGAAGUGACCGACGAGACCAGGAACCUGAAGCCACACAUGGAGUCCAUACAGCAGAUUUUCGACGAGCUCAAGGGUGAUGUCACGCGCUGUGUGAGUAGCCGAAAACACGUGUUAAUACUCCCACGGAAUCGAAAUGUCAAUACGCACCCACGGUGCACAGCGGUGAAGGUAGUAGCAGUCCAUGCGAGAGAUUGAGAAGUGUAGUAUUCGAUUAUGUGUUACUGGUGACAAGACAGCGGACAUUGCUAUUCUUUGGUUAAAAUUAAAACCAAAUCUGAUACCAAACUGGUUAUCGGCGCCUACUGCUGUGGUCCAUCGGAUUACUUAAAGUCGAAAUCCUUUUCUUCCUUUUUUGUGAUGUAAGUACAUUACAUAAAGAGUCAAAAUAUUCUUUCGAGGUCAAUUAUCGAGCGAGACAGAGGAGGGAAGAGUUGGUCAUGGCUCAUGUGAUAGAUCAUAAUAAUGCAUUAGUCAGUGAUUUGUAAAGCAGUGGGCUAAACCAUCAUCCAUGUAUUGGAAAGGAGAAGAAGUGCUUUUUUUCCAGACAGGGAACUCUAUAACCUACCACUUACAAACUAUAUGGAUGUUUAGAUAUUUGUGGACCUAAAUCUCAAUUGAAAUGAGACGAGGUUUUAACAUUAUCUUUUUUAUCAUAUAACAGCGACAUUACUUCUCCUGCAAGACCCAUUUUGACAUCAAAACGCUAAACUCUACAUACACUCAGGUGAGUACCAUGACUUGAUCUUUUAGGGUUUAAAUACAGCAUUUUCAAUUAUGCUUGUAUCAUGACAGAUGAUGUGAAUAAACUGACCCUUGUGUGUCCACAGAUGCAAAGCAAAGGUCUGUACAAGGCCAUGGGCGAGUUGGACCUGCUGUUUAACUACAUCGAAGCAUAUUUGGCUUCUAAACGACACAGAAAUCGUGUGGCAUCUUCAUGAAGACCCGACCAACCCUCAUCAAAAUGUGACCUUUCACCUCUCAGGAAGAAGAAACAUUAAUGAUCAUGUAAUUUUAUAUCUGAUCCGUUACUUUCAUCAGCUCAGAGUCUUAUAUUUCAACUUUUUUUGACUGCAUUCUGCUGUUCUGACGGUUGUUUACUUUUUUGUCCUGGGGACAAAUUUCUGUGUUAUGACCAUAUUGAGUCCUACCAAAGAGAUGCAAUGACUGAAACUGUCACCAGAGAAACUGAUAUUUAUUUUUUUAAAUCAUAUAUUUUUUUAAAUUAUUAUCUUUAUUUAUGUUCAUUUUUGUAUUGUUGCAGUUGAAUAAAUGUUGAACUUAAA